ACGUUGUACUUGACUUUAAGUUACAAUAGACUAGGCCGGUUAGCUUUAUAUCUAAGAAUAGUCAUUGACUCGUGGAUUGAGUCUGGGUUCGUAAUACCGUUCAUUGAGAUCUUAUAGAAAUUUUGAAGGAAUACACGGGAGACGAGGAAAUCAUAUAGAUCAUCAUUUAAACUUGUAACACAAUAUGUCUCAAGAAAAUAACAAGAGUCCUUUCCUUGAUCAAGAGGAUUCGUUUUCCAAUGAUGCUUCUUCGAUCUUACCAUCACCAACUAUGGAUCGAUUCGCAUUCAAUAAUCCGCAAAACAAUAUAGACGGCGCAUUCACCGAUGAGGAAUAUGAUUCAGUACCUCCUACACCAAGAAUUGAUAAUACUAGGUUUGAACCAAUUAACACCAAUAGUAAUUCCAGAAAGGGGUCUUUACGUUUUAAAUUGGACGACGACAAUAUUCCAUCUUCAGCACAUGGCAAUCAGAAGAGUGGUAAAAUUCAAUCACCCUUUUUGGACGUACAUCAAGUGAUCCCUGAGGAUGAUAUUUUCAAACAACCCAAAUCUCCAUUUGCCACAGAAGCUUUUGAAAAUAGCUUUGAUGCUGACGAAGUUGAAGAAGACGAUGACGGAGAAGAUGAUGAUGCGGAAGAAUCUCCUUCCAAGACAAAAAGACUUAGAUGGGGUACUAGGCGUAACAAGCACGGAAGGCCUAAAAAGGAGGGUGUUGGAAGAUCAUUAACCCUUAGACGAAUACUAGAUCCUCACAACAAACGAAAGCAUGGAAGUCACUCCCUUAGGUUGAAUUCAUUUAGAAAACCAAAUACUCAUUCGGUUGAUUUCCCUGAACGACACCAUCACGAAGAGUCAGACGAUGAAGACUCGAACAUAGACCUUGAAGCAGAAGAUCCUAAGAAUAAAAAGCAUCAACAACGAACAAUUGUAUUUAAUAGACCAUUACCAGCAGACUAUGUUGACCCUGAAUCAGGUAAAACUAUUAAAGAGUAUCCAAGAAAUAAAAUUAGAACAACCAAAUAUACUCCAUUAUCCUUUUUACCUAAAAAUAUCUCACAUCAAUUCUUUCACAAUGUUGCAAAUAUUUAUUUCCUUUUCUUGAUUAUAUUGGGUGCUUUUUCAAUCUUUGGUGUUCCUUCACCUGUAUUAGCUGCUGUUCCUUUAAUCGUCAUUGUUAUUAUCACCGCCAUCAAAGAUGCAAUUGAAGAUUCAAGAAGAACAGUCACUGAUUUAGAGGUUAACAAUCAAACAACUCAUAUAUUAUCUCAAAUCAAUUUCGAUAGUGAAUAUCAUUAUGAUAAUAUAAAUUGUAAUGAUUCAAAGGUAUCAGCCUGGAGAAGAUUUAAGAAAGCAAAUACAAGAUUAAUGGUUAGGAUAUGGGGAGCUUCCAAACGUAAUCUAACCAAAGAAGGCAGAGCAAAUAAAUUAAGACAAAAGUACAAUGAAGAACACAAUAUUACUGAAGAGCCAGGUAGAAGAUCUUUUGAUAGUGACAUUAUUGAAGCUUCACCAAGAAAUUCAGUAGAUAUUAACCCAUUCAGCGAUGAUUUACGUAAGCUGUUUCAACAACAACGUCGACAAUCUCAUAAGUAUCAACGAAGUGAAAAGACACUUAAAUUUGCAAAGAAGUAUUGGAAAGAUGUGAAAGUUGGUGAUAUUCUUCGUAUUUACAACAAUGAUGAAAUUCCUGCAGAUGUGGUUAUUUUGGCAACUAGUGAUGAUGAUAAUUGUUGUUAUGUUGAAACCAAGAAUCUCGAUGGUGAAACCAAUUUAAAGGUUAAGCAAGCCAUGAAAUAUUCUUCAAUCGAACAAAAAAUCACUAAAGCUGAUGAUUUGAUUAACCAUUCUUUCCAAGUUGAUUCAGAAGGUCCUCAUGCCAAUUUAUAUACUUAUCAAGGUAAUUUGAAAUACGACAAUAACGGUGCUGAAGACGCUCAAGAAGCAAUUACAAUCAACAACCUACUUUUACGUGGAUGUUCAUUAAGAAAUACAAAGUGGGUUAUUGGUAUAGUUGUUUUCACUGGUGAUGAUACCAAGAUCAUGCUUAAUGCUGGUAUAACUCCAACAAAACAAUCACGUAUGUCGCGAGAAUUGAAUUACUAUGUUAUUCUCAAUUUCAUAUUCUUGUUCAUUAUUUGUUUCAUAUCAGGAUUGGUCAACGGUAUUUAUUAUACACACCAUGGAACAUCACGAGAUUACUUUGAAUUUGGUACAAUUGCAGGAACACCAGCUUUGAAUGGGUUGGUUGGUUUCUUUGUUGCUUUAAUCUUGUAUCAAUCCUUGGUUCCAAUUUCUCUUUAUAUUACCAUUGAAAUUAUUAAAACAGCACAGGCAUUCUUCAUAUAUUCCGAUGUUGGAAUGUAUUAUCCAAGAUUAGAUUUCCCAUGUACUCCAAAAUCUUGGUCGAUUUCUGAUGAUUUGGGACAAAUUGAAUAUAUCUUUAGUGACAAAACAGGUACAUUAACCCAAAAUGUUAUGGAAUUUAAGAAAUGUACUAUUAAUGGAGUUUCAUAUGGUCGAGCAUAUACUGAAGCACUUAUGGGAUUAAGAAAAAGAUUAGGUGUUGAUGUUGAUACUGAAGCUGCAGUUGAACGUGAAUUGAUCAAUAAAGAUAAGUUACAAAUGAUUGAAAAGCUUCACAAGAUAUCAAAUAACACCACUUAUGAUGAUGAAAUUACAUUUGUAUCCCUGAAAAUCUUGGAUGAUAUGCUUGGCUCUAGUGGCGAUGAACAGAAAAACUCGGUGGACCAUUUCAUGUUAUGUUUAGCAUUGUGUCAUUCCGUGAUGAGUGAGCAGGAUCCAAAGAAUCCUAAAAAAUUAUUACUCAAAGCACAAUCUCCAGAUGAAGCCGCAUUGGUUGGUACUGCUAGAUCUCUUGGUUUCGAAUUUAAAGGUAAUACUAAAAAGGGUGUCUUAAUUAACGUUCAUGGCGUUACUAAAGAAUACCAGGUAUUGAAUACUUUAGAAUUCAAUUCUACUAGAAAGAGAAUGAGUUCAAUAAUCAAGAUCCCUGGUUCUACUCCAAAUGAACCUGCUAAAGCCCUUCUUAUCUGUAAAGGUGCUGAUUCGAUCAUCUAUAGCAGAUUGAGUAAGACCGAAAAUGAUCCUGAAUUAUUGGAAACUACAUCUAAGCAUUUGGAAGAAUUUGCAACUGAAGGUUUGCGUACUUUAUGUAUUGCAGUACGUGAAUUAUCAUGGGAACAAUACACCGAAUGGAACAGACGUCAUCAAAUUGCUGCUUCAAGUUUGGAGGACCGUGACGAUAAGAUGGAAGUUGUUGCUGAUUCCAUUGAACGUGAAUUGACCUUAUUAGGUGGUACUGCAAUUGAAGAUCGUUUGCAAGAUGGUGUUCCUGAUGCAAUUUCUAUUUUGGCUGAGGCUGGUAUAAAAUUAUGGGUUUUGACUGGUGAUAAAGUCGAAACUGCUAUCAAUAUCGGGUUUUCGUGUAAUUUAUUAGGUAAUGAAAUGGAAUUGUUGGUUAUCAAAACUGGAUAUAGUGCAGAAGAUACUAAUAGGCUAGGAAUUAGAUUUCCUUCUGGAGCUGGAGAACAACAAGUUGUUGAUACAAUCAUCACACAUUAUUUAGGACAUUAUUUCCAAAUGGAAGGUUCAUUGGAAGAACAAGAAGCUGCUAUUGGAGAUCAUACUCCACCAGACGAACGAUUCGGGGUCGUUGUUGAUGGUGAUGCUCUUAAGAUGGCACUUUUGAAUCCGGAUACCAAGAGAAAGUUCUUGUUGUUAUGUAAGAAAUGUCGUGCAGUUUUAUGUUGUCGUGUAUCUCCAGCACAAAAGGCUGCGGUUGUUAAAUUGGUCAAAGACACUUUAGAUGUCAUGACAUUAGCAAUUGGUGAUGGUUCUAAUGAUGUUGCUAUGAUUCAAGCAGCAGAUGUUGGUGUGGGUAUUGCUGGUGAAGAAGGUAGACAAGCAGUUAUGUCUUCAGAUUAUGCAAUCGGUCAAUUUAGAUUCUUAGCAAAGUUAUUAUUAACUCAUGGACGUUGGUCAUACUUGAGAUUUAGUGAAAUGAUUCCAAGUUUCUUUUAUAAGAAUGUUAUUUUCAAUAUUGCCUUGUUCUGGUAUGGUAUUUACAAUAAUUUUGAUGGAACCUAUUUGUUUGAAUUUACAUAUUUGAUGUUCUAUAAUUUGGCAUUUACCUCAUUACCGGUAAUUUUCUUGGGUAUAUUCGACCAAGAUGUUGAAGCCAAAGUAUCAUUAUUAGUUCCACAAAUUUAUAGAAGUGGUAUCCUUCGAACUGAAAUGACCCAAGCUAAAUUUUGGUGGUAUUGUAUUGAUGGGAUCUAUCAAUCAGCUAUAUCAUUUUUCUUCCCAUACUUGUUAUAUACCAUUGGAUUUGCUGGUAUGAAUGGUAAACCAGUAGAUCACCGUUUCUGGAUGGGGGUCAUUGUUACAUGUAUUGCUUGUAUUUCAUGUAACUUAUACAUUCUUUUCCACCAAUUUAGAUGGGAUUGGUUAAGUUCAUUGAUUGUGGCAAUUUCCAUUUUGAUUAUCUUUAUUUGGACUGGAUUAUGGACAAUUAAUACUUAUAGUGGAGAAUUUUUCAAGGCUGCACCACAAAUUUUUGGUACUCCAGGAUUUUGGCCUACGGUUUUUGUUGGUGUACUUUGUUGUCUUAUCCCAAGAUUCUUUUAUGAUUUCGUUCAAAGAAUAUUCUGGCCAAGAGAUGUUGAUAUUAUUAGAGAAUGUGUUCAACGAGGAGAUUUUGAUGCAUAUCCAUUCGACUAUGAUCCAACUGACCCUAACAGAGUUAAAAUCAGUGCAUAUACUUCGGACAUGAUUAACAGGAUGAGUUUUUCAUCGCCUAGACGUAGUCACCAAAGUAAGAAAGUCGAUAAUGAUUCAGAUGAAGCAAGAAAUGCAAGUGAUACAGUUUAUGAAGAAGAAUUUAGUUUCAGCAGACGAUUGGCUACUCCUCCACCUACCCCUCCACCAGGUCAAUCAAUUUCUCCAUCGAAAAGAAGAUCAUUUUUAAGAAUGUUUAAAAAGGGUAGUGAAAAUAGUAGUAAUACUUAUCUUCCAGAAAUGGAUUCAAUUAAUCCAAUCCAAACUGAAGAAAUUGCAAUGGAGGAUUUUUCCGAACAUCGUCGUGAAGUUUCGAGAAUUAGUGAAGAAAAUAGGGGUCAACAUAUGCCAUAAGACGUUGUGUUUGUACAUGUAUGUUUGUAUAUUAUAUUUCUGUAUAUUAGAAUAGAUGUUAUAACUUUUCUUUUUUUGUCUAGUUUUUUUUUUUUUUGCAACCGUAAUUGCCUUGCCCGGCAGAGAUCGGCUUGAAACAAGCAAGAAUGUGGAAUUAAAUUUUAUUUCUUUUUAAGAUGAUUUCAAAUUGUGCCGCGUGUCGCUUGUAAGUUUGAUGUCGGAAUAUAAUCUCACAAGAAUCAAGAUCUGGAGAUAAGCAUAUAUAGAAAAGAGGUGUGUUCUAAUUGACGAACUUGAGCGAUGUGUUAUUCUUAUUUUGUUGUUUUUUUUUCACCCGGCGAUAAGCGUGGUUUUUCAUUGGAUGAAAAAUAAGAGAAUUGGGACAUGAAAGUGGGGGAGGUGGGGAGCGGUUAUGAAACAAGAAAAAAAAAAAAGCAAUAAUAAAAUAUGGGGUGAGUUGAAUGAACACGUCAACAUGUGGUAGAAAGUCUCUUCAAACUUAAGCUCGUCUGUCCUUUACAUUUAAAAUGUGUAUGGCUUGUCAUUUACUCGGUUCCUUAGGUGUUGAAUUCACCUUCAUCUUCAUUGUUAACAGAUUUCCGGUUCGUAAAAUUUUUUUUCGCGCCCCUUUUGUUAAAUCGGUAAAUGUGUAUGUGUCUUUUUCAUUGUACCGUCGGAUCAAAGCGCCGUAAGAAGUCAAAUAGGGUUUUAUUAGUAGGUAGAAUUGAGAU